AUGGAGAUCGCUUUUCACAUAAUGCCCACGACUCCCCCCAAGAGCACGAGUCCCACGAAAAUUAACAUCAUUACGUCCAGCAUCCCCCUGCCCACGGCUCGAAUAAUGAAUUUAACGUUUCUGUCAUUGGGAACCAGCCUGAAUAUUUUUGUCAUACUAAUAAUCAUCUCGAAAUCAUCCAUGAGGACCGCCAUGAAUCUCUACCUCAUCAGCUUAGCGUGCUCCAAUAUGGUGAUACUGAUCGAACCGUUCGAAGAAACACUCAGAUGGUUCUUCGACGUGAACACGAAACUGAACAUGGAUUACGUCUGUCUGAUCAGCUUCGAUGUGUCCGUGAUAACUAUCGCCAUCAUGAAGUUUCAGCUGUACAUUAAUAUUUUCCAGCAGCACACGGUGUUUGGCCAACGACUGUCAAGGAAGCUCACAGCUAUAAAAGGGAUUUUCUUGAUUUGGAGCUCGUGUAUCAUAUCUCUCGCCAUUGGCCUGCAUAUAUACGAUUUCUUCGAAGGGGACAUGGCGGAUAUUUACGUUUGGAACACAUUUAUGUUCAUUAUAAUGCCGUUCCUUAUAUUUAUUGCUCUUGACAGCUUGAUCUUGUACGAGCUGAUGAUACUCAAGGCGAUCGAGGGAUCGUGGAGAUCGAGAGAGUUGCGACACUACGUCAUGUUAGGUUAG